AGCCGCUUCGAGUCAAAGAUCCAUGACCUGAGAGAACAGAUGAUGAACAGCAGCAUGAGCUCUGGCUCUGGUUCACUCCGGACAAGUGAGAAGAGAUCUCUCUAUGUCCGAGCCCUAUUUGACUAUGACCGCACUCGAGACAGUUGCUUGCCCAGCCAGGGGCUCAGCUUCUCCUACGGGGACAUUCUGCAUGUCAUUAAUGCCUCUGACGAUGAGUGGUGGCAAGCCAGGCUUGUCACGCCCCAUGGCGAGAGUGAGCAGAUUGGGGUCAUUCCCAGCAAGAAAAGGGUGGAAAAGAAGGAGAGAGCACGGUUGAAAACAGUGAAGUUCCACGCUAGGACUGGCAUGAUCGAGUCCAACAGGUCGAUCAAAACGAAACGUAAAAAGAGUUUUCGCCUCUCUCGAAAGUUUCCAUUUUACAAGAGCAAAGAGAACCUGGCCCAGGAGAGCAGCGGACAGGAACAGGGCGUGACAUCAAACACCAGUGACAGCGAGAGCAGUUCCAAAGGGCAAGAGGACACCAUCCUGUCAUACGAGCCAGUAACACGGCAAGAAAUUCACUAUGCGAGGCCAGUGAUCAUCCUGGGGCCAACAAAGGACCGAAUUAACGAUGACCUCAUCUCUGAAUUUCCACACAAGUUUGGUUCCUGUGUGCCCCACACUACCAGGCCUCGGCGUGAGAACGAGGUGGAUGGACAAGACUACCACUUCGUCGUAUCCCGUGAACAAAUGGAGAAAGACAUCCAGGACAACAAGUUCAUAGAGGCUGGGCAGUUCAAUGACAAUCUCUAUGGGACCAGCAUUCAGUCAGUGCGGGCAGUGGCAGAGAGGGGGAAACACUGCAUCCUGGAUGUGUCUGGCAAUGCUAUCAAGAGGUUGCAACAAGCACAACUUUAUCCCAUUGCCAUUUUCAUCAAACCAAAAUCCAUUGAAGCUCUCAUGGAGAUGAACCGGAGACAGACGUACGAACAGGCCAACAAGGUCUUUGACAAAGCCAUGAAACUUGAGCAAGAAUUUGGAGAGUAUUUUACAGCCAUCGUACAAGGAGACUCUCUUGAAGAGAUUUACAGCAGAAUCAAACAGAUCAUUGAGGACCACUCUGGGCACUACAUCUGGGUCCCAUCCCCAGAAAAACUCUGA